AUGGACGCAAAGCAAGAACAACCGCCAUCAACGCCCCUUCUAGUGGCAGUAGAAGAGUUCUCGCGACAACAUACUACCUUGCUUGCUGCCCUGUUUGGACUUUUGCUUGCUAUCGUCGUUACUCUCUUCCUUGUAAAUCGCAAGUCUCAAAAAAACAAGAUCAGGAAUGUUCUCCUUGUCGGACCGCUGGAGUCGGGAAAGACUGCCCUCUUUGCCAAUAUGGUCUACGAACAACAUCUGCCUAGCCAUACGUCUCUCCAGCCCAACAUAGGCCUUUUACAACAAGACAAGAAAACGUUUAGACUGAUUGACAUUCCGGGGCACCCACGGAUUCGCAGCAGGUUUAGGGAACACCUUGCCACCGUUGAUGGGCUGGUAUUCACUGUGGACGCCAACACAGUUGCAAGGAACGGGGUGGCAGUAGCAGAACAUCUUCAUCUGGUGCUAUCUGCUGUCCAGCCUCUCUCCCGCUCGCCACGUCUGCUCCUCCUCGCCACGCACGCCGACCUCGUUGAGCACGGAUCUCACCCAGCUGUUGAGCCAGUGCUACACCCAGCGCGCAUACGCGUCGUUUCCGUUCUCGAGCGCGAGGUUGAAAAGCGCCGCUUGGCAGGUGCGAACCAGAAGUUGGGUGGGGCGAUGGAGGCCCUCGGUGCGGUAGCGGGCGGGGGGAAGCAGGGGCUAUUCGGUUCUUCCUCAGCUGGGGGCACAGGGGAGGGUGAAGAAAUACCAGAUGGAACGUUGGAAGUGGGGAGGGACGGGGUGUGGAGAUUUGGGGAUGAGUGGGAGAUCGGAGUAUCGUCAGUUGGCAGUGGGGACAGGACAGAGGGGCUGAGGUCAAUUGUAGACUGGCUUGAUUCUCUGUAAUUGCUAUGUAUGUCGAGGCAGUACUGCAGGACUAUUUGUAGUGCAAAUUGGAUUGAGUUUAUAGGGUAGAAAUGUAUAUAUUUU